ACAACCCCAGUUUAUUAUAAGAACCCCCCAUCCAAGCACAAAACACUUACUACAAAAACCUUUUUUUUUCCUUCUCUUCCGAAACAAUUUGCACUACUUUCUUGGGAUGCUAUAAAACUUUGCUUCUUCUUCUUUUUUUUCCCCCACAUUAUAAUAAGACCAUUCAAUUCUGUUUAAUCAAAUGGCCAACACCCAGUUGAAAUCUGUUGCCACACUACUUUUGCUGCUCAAUUUUUGCAUGUAUGUCAUUGUGCUAGGCAUUGGCGGUUGGGCCAUCAACAGAGCAAUUGAUCAUGGCUUCGAGAUCGGUGCUGGUUUGCAACUUCCGGCUCAUUUCUCGCCUAUAUAUUUUCCGAUGGGAAAUGCGGCGACCGGGUUCUUUGUGAUGUUCGCUUUGAUUGCUGGAGUUGUUGGAGCUGCCUCGGCUAUCUCCGGGGCCAACCACAUUCGUUCGUGGACCGCCGAUAGCUUGCCUGCUGCAGCCACAGCUGCCACCAUUGCCUGGACCCUCACCCUCCUUGCCAUGGGCUUUGCUUGCAAAGAGAUUGAUAGGAAUGCCCGUUUGAGAACAAUGGAGGCAUUCUUAAUCAUCCUUUCAGCUACACAGCUUAUAUAUAUUGCAGCCAUUCAUAGCGCUGUAUCAAGGAGAUGAACUUUUGAGAGUUGAGUGACUUGGAAGUUUGUGUGCUAGAGCUUCUUCUUCUUCUUUUUCUUUUCUUUUUUUUUUUUUUUUUCCUUUUCUCUGUGUUUCAUUUUACCCCUUUAUCUUGUAAAAGCCUUGCCAAGGGAAUUGGCACUUUAUUGUGUGAUUUGGUGUGAGAUAAUUGGAUUGAUUUACUAUAAACAAAUAAAACUAUUGUGAGAUAUAGUGAAUUAUUUGUGCACCUUGAAUUGAAACAUUUUAAACAUCUUUUAUUAACAUGACCAUCUAAAUGGGAAAGCCUCGG